AUGGCGGUCAUUGCCCAUGUGGAGCCCCAAGCACCUAUUGAGGUCUUGGAAGCUAACAUCACGAGCUACGUAUUGGACUUCGCAUACCCGCGAUACGACGUAUACCUCAACAAGGUCUUCACCCAAAUCUACCCACGAACACCGUUUGACGGUUUGUGGCUGGAUCGCAACGAACCGACGUUGGCGACCAUCUCGCCACCUGGCGGUUGUGCGAGGGACGGUUGGGACGUGAUACCUUACACGCCCAAGACUCUGCUGUCCGAGGGACCCCUGGACGCCCGGACUCUGUGCAUGUCCCAGCACCUGAUGUCGGGGCCUCACCUGGUGACGCACAACGCCAUACCCUACUUGCAGGCGCAGGCGGCCUACAACGUGCUGGCCAAGGUCUCGGGACAGCGGCCGUUCGUUGUGAGCCGGUCCAGCUACUCGGGCAUCGGCAAAUACGCGGGUCACGUGAUCCACGGUCUCCGUCCUACGUGGGAAGACCUGCGUCUGAGCAUUCCCAUGUUGCUGUCUGCCAGCUUGCUGGGCAUGCCGCUGAGUGGCGCUGAAGUCUGCGGCGGCGAGGAAUUCAAGAUGGCGUCCCUCGCGGACGAGGAACUGUGCGUCACGUGGUUCUCGCUGGCCGUGUUCUACCCGCUGCUGCGACUGAGCAAUGCCGAGCUGUUCCUGCUGCAGCCGUCCCCAUUCUCGAACGCUUUCCUGUCCGAGACGUCGGACAUGCUGGACGUUCGCCUAUCGCUGCGCCCGUACCUGUACUACCUCUUUUACCGAAGUCACGUCGCCGGCGACACCGUCAUGCGACCGCUGUUUGUCGAAUUUCCGAAUGACACCGCGACACGGAACAUUAGCGAUCAAUUCCUCUGGGGGUCCGCCCUGAUGAUAAUUCCGUUCCUGGAACCGAACAAGUACGUUCGGCGCGCCCACAUUCCUGAGGGCGUGUGGUACAACUUCGAGAGCGACGCCGGCGUAGCGUCGCCGUCGCUGAUCUCGGAACCCGGCGGAGGCAGCCAGACGGUGCAGCGGCGCGAGAAUCGCCGUGUGUUGCUGCUGCUUCGAGGAGGACACGUUCUUCCCGUCUCUGCCACGCCACCUUCCCUCUUGCGUGACGGCCGGAGCACGGAGUAUUCGCUACGCGUCGCCUUGGACGAGCAGUAUCGGGCCAAGGGAAGUAUCUACUGUGAUGACGGUGUCUCUGCCGGCUCCUACGAGACCGGAGCCUACGGACUGGCUGACAUCGUCUUUCACAAGGACACGCUUUUGGUGAUUCCCCGCCACGCUGGUUUCCCGUGCGGCCUGGUGCGAGAGGUCAGGUUCGUCGGUCUGCCUCCGCAGCCUCCUGAGAUGGCAACCCUGGAUGGCUUACCGGUCUCCCUCACCACCCAGCAGAACCAGACCGUGAUAAAGAACCUGGGUCUGCCCCUGGACAAGACAAGCAAGCUGGUUCUCCAGUGGCAAAACCUGCCCGUUGGCUUGUACCCAAGGCCCGACAACGGCAGCAUCACCGGCAUUCCGGCGGCUGCAACCUCCAUUUCGCAAUCCAGCAAUCGCGAUCCGGCAAUCCCAGUCCCUGGCGCCUACUCCGAAUCUCUGAACCACGCCUGUGGUGCGGCACAAUCAGAUAACGUGAGCGGGGGCCACGAAUGCACGCAUGGGAACUGAACGUUUUCCGCCAGCUAUAGUACGGUCGUGUCCACAGCAAUAAACUUUAUUCGAAGAACAGUCA